AUGACUGACGCAGAGGCCAAAGCGGCUUCGGAGUCGCCGGCCGCCCCCGUAGCCAUGUUCAAGAAGCGCGGCGCAAAGGGCAAGGCCAACAUUCGCAAACGGCCCGCGACGCCGCCACCGGUAGCAGCAGCAGCAGCAGCAGACAGCGACAGCGACAGCGACAUGUCAUCGUCGGAAGGCGAGUCAGGUCAGAUGGCCAAGAGGAGGAAGAAGACGGCGGCGGUCACGGCAUCCUCCAAGAACAGCAAUGCGGCGGGGGGGAUUUCCAGGGACGAGGUCCUCUCGACGACGGCCUUCAUGGCGGACCGGAGUGGCAUCACAAACUCCAACGACGCCACGAAACACAGCAACUGGUACGACGAAGACACGGACGGGGCCCUGUCGGCCAAGAACCUGCUCGGGUCGACCAGAGGAUCGACGCAGGGGCAGUCGCAGACGCAGGCGCGGGCGCAACCGGACGGGACGUAUAAGGGCCUGGCGAACCAGACGUCGUUUAUCCAGAAGAAUCCCGACGCGCCGCAACGGUCCGCGGGUCCGAUGAAGGCGUCUAGUAAUGUGCGGACGAUAACUUUUAUGGAUUACAAGCCCGACGUGUGCAAGGACUACAAGCAGACUGGAUUCUGCGGCUACGGUGACAACUGCAUCUUCCUACACAGCAGAGAAGAUAUGAAGCAAGGAUGGCAACUGGACCGCGAGUGGGAAAAGGUGACCAAGGGCGGCAAGAGCCAGGCAGGCACGGUGGUGGCCAGCGCCAACAGGGAUGGCAAGGCCGGCGCGGCCGAUGAGGAGGACGAGGACGAGGCCUUCCUGGAGAAGAUACCGUUCGCCUGCGUCAUCUGCAAGCAGUCGUACAAGGAGCCGAUCGCGACGCGGUGCGGCCACUACUUCUGCGAGGCCUGCGCGCUCAAGCGGUACCGCAAGGAUCCGACCUGCGCGGCCUGCGGGGCCAGCACGAAGGGCGUGUUCAACGCGGCAAAGAGGCUCAAGAAGCUGCUCGACAAGAAGAGGGAGCGCGCCGAGAGGAAGAGGCAGGAGGCUAUCGAGGCUGGUGAGGAGGUUGACGAGGCUGUCGAGGCGGCAGCCAAGGGGAGGGAUGCGGCGCCAGCAGAAGCAGGGUCGUGA